CUGAGACGACAAUAAAUACUUUGGUUAUGAAAUUGUUGUGUACGACGUGCGACAAUUGAUAACUUUGGAGGUUAUGAAAUAGAGCUUUCCAAUAAAAGUGAUUUUCAUUUGUUUGAACAAAAUUGUCCUGUUACUAAAUGUCAUUUUUUAAAUUUUCAAAAUUCUCUCGGCAUAUAAGGUUGAUUCCUUCUCGAUGCGGUUAUGCUGAUAAUACUAAAAAUUCUACUUUCAGUAGAAAAUCUGAUAUAUCGUUUAAAAUUGCAAAAAACUGGAAGAUUAUUGUGCCUAUCGGAAUUGGGAUAUCAGUCGUUACCAUUUGGCGGUGGAGUCAUGCUAAGAGGCAAGGAAAUUUUGCUUAUUCUAAUGUGGUGACUGAUACAGUCAAUGACUUAAUAAUUCAGUGCUAUUAUUUGUUACCUUUGAGAGCUACAAGCCGAAUAUUUGGAUGGUUAGCAGAAAUAGAGCUGCCUCUGAGAUUGCGUCCUUUUUUAUACAAUACGUACGCUAAAUUGUUCAAUGUAAAUUUAGAUGAAAUUGAUUGUGAUCUUCUGUUAUUUCCUAGUUUGGCCGAUUUUUUUGUAAGGCCACUGAAACCAAGUUCAAGGCCUAUUGCUACAAAUACAAAUAUUGUUUCUCCUGCAGAUGGAACAGUAUUGUACUUAGGACCCGUCUUAUGUUCAAAGUUGGACAAAGUUAAAGGAGUUACCUAUAAUCUCCAAAAUUUUUUGGGUGAAAAGAACCUAAAAUUAUUUGAGGAAGAGGAAAAACUUACUUAUGAUAAUAAUGAUCAUUUCGCAAAGUUGCUUUUGAAAAAUCCGAAAAAUUCAUUAUACCAGUUAACAGUAUACUUGGCACCUGGAGAUUAUCAUCGAUUUCAUAGUGCAACUGACUGGAAAAUAAAAAUUCGCCGUCAUUUUCAAGGUGAAUUGCUCAGUGUGAAUCCGAAAGUAGUUAAUUGGUUGCCAAAUCUUUUCGAAAUCAACGAGAGAGCCGUUUACAUAGGUGAUUGGGCAGGAGGUUUUAUGGCAUAUGCUGCCGUUGGUGCAACUAAUGUAGGUUCUGUAAGGGUGUAUUGUGAUAAUACUCUUAAGACAAAUAGAAAAAACGGGAAAGAAGAGGAAAGUUGGCAAGAGUUAUGUUUUAAUUCUGUGAAUAUUAACAAGGGUGAACUAUUUGGCGAAUUUAGAUUAGGAUCAACAAUAGUGCUUUUAUUUGAAGCUCCUAAAGAUGUUAAAUUUUCUGUAACAGAAGGUCAGGUAAUUAAAAUGGGCGAAGCAUUAACGAAAUCACCAAUUAAGUGUCGAACAAUUAAUAUUUCAUUUAAUUUUAAACAAUGUACUGCAGAGGCUCUAAAAUUUAUUCGAUUCAAAUGUAAAUAAAACUAUGAUUUUUCGUAUGAUUCAUAAAAAAGUAUGUCUAUCAUAAGAGAAAUAAUUAAGUACAAAAAUAAAACAGUGUAAAGUGUAUGUUCAGUGUAAAUGUAAGCUAGUAUAUUUUCACAGUCAUUAAAAUUCUAUUUCCGAAAUAAAUA